AUGACAGAUUUCACGACUAUAUUAUUACGAGACUUGACAAAAUUAUUGGAAAAUGGCAUUGACCAUAAUGUGGUAAUUCAAGCUGGAGAAGAACCUAAUACAAAAUCAUUUCGUGCUCAUUCUGGUGUUUUGAAAGCGAGGUGUCCGUAUUUUCAAACUGCUUUAUCUGAAACUUGGGUUAGACAAGAAGAUGGAAUUAUUAUUUUUUCUAAACCUAAUGUUUCAGCCGAAGUUUUUGAAAUUAUACUUAGAUAUAUUUAUACAGGCAGAAUAGCUUUAGAUAAACAUGAUGGUGUAGAUAUUCUAAAUAUAUUAAUGGCUGCAGAUGAAUUAAUACUUCACGAUUUAUUCGGUUAUAUUCAACAACAUCUUGUUACUUAUAAAGUUCAAUGGAUGGAAGAAAAUUUUGACUUGGUUCGUCGUACUGUUUUUCAAAAUGACCAACAUUUAAUUACUUUACAAAAAACAAUACAACAAUGUGUUCCGUUAAUUCGAAUAUUUCAAAUUUCUUCAAAUGAUUUUUAUAGCAAAUUAAUGCCAUAUAGGGAUAUUAUACCUAGACCUUUAUUCGAAGAUGUGAUGAGAUAUCAUAUGGUACCUGAUUGUCCGAGACCUCUUUCAUUAAUGCCUUCAAGGCGUGGUGGAAUUGAAUCUAAUUUAUUCCGUGCUAGGCAUGCUGCAUUGAUCUCUAGUUGGAUUGAUAGAAAUGAUUUAAAUGCUUUCUAUAAUACUACAAAUAUUAAAACAGCUUUACUUUCAAGAGUUCAAGAACCUGCACGUGCUGUACUUUGUUCACAAGCUAUAGGUGCUUGUUUUGGAAGUGGUGAUUUGGUUAUGGGUGGAACCCAUUCAAAUUUUAAUGUUGAAUUAGGUUGUUCAUGUAAGCGGCAAUCAUAUGAAAGACCUUUAAUAACUACUGAUCUUGAUAGAUUUAGUGUUGAUGAAUAUGAGGUUUUUAAGGUUACUUCAAAAUUAGGAACUGUUAACUUUAAAAUAUUACCUUUAAGCUAUAUAAGGUCAAUCUUUAUAUAA